AUGAUUGCGUCUCUGACUAACAGCAUGGGGACCGCCUUCUGGAUGGUCUACCAUGUCUUCUCUGACCCCAUUGUGCUUGAGGAGUGCCGAGCAGAAGCAGAAAAGCUUGUGCAACUUGAUGACAACGGCGUCCAGACUAUCGACCUGGCUAAGAUCAGAUCUUCAUGCCCUGUUCUUUUCUCGACAUGGGCAGGAGAUUCUGUGAUAUAUGCACAUUGGCGUCGGGGCGAGGGUGUCAGUCCUGAUGAAAAGCGUAAAACUCCCUUCACAUUCCGCCCCUUUGGCGGCGGGACAGUCCUCUGUCCUGGGCGCCAUUUUGUGACCGCUGGGGUCUUGUCAUUUGUGAUUCUUCUGUUGCUCCGCUUUGAUCUGAAGCCUGCAAUCAAGGAUGGUAGGUGGUUGGAGCUGCGAAAGAAGAUGUCCAUGACGGCGGCUAUGCCAGUGCCCAAGGAUGAGAUGCCAGUGAAGCUUGCCCCUAGAAACACACAAAAGGGGCCUGUGAACAUCUCAACAAUCGGUGGGAAGCUGUUUUACUAGAUAUUGC